CGCGAGAUAAUGUGUAGUUUAGACAGGUGUGUGACAGAAGCUCAGUUAGAACGGAAAGCUGCAACUAAACACUAGGAGAGGAGGACAAAAAACAGUUCAUCUGUUAAACUUGUAGCCUACUGCUGACUACAGUUAGUCAAGUUAUAGUGUAGGCAGGACAAACUUAGUGCGUUUUGUCCCAAUUAACGUUGUGGAUUCAGUUAUCCUGGGUGGUGAAUACUUUCUGUUAAUAAAAAUGGAGCUGCUUCGACUCCUGCUUAUUGGUGCUUGUGGAUGCCUUCAUAUUGUCUGGAAACUGACAUUUGAAUGCUGUGCUGUUCCAUAGCUAAGCCUAAUGAUGGAGACACAUUCCUACUUCCCCUGCUCAUUCUUGGAUUUCACUUCUGUUUCUUCCUGAAAACAUGACAACAGAGUGUGUGGGAUGGAGACAUACUGUACAUUAAAUGCAGAAUCUGAUUCAAAUUGGGGGCGAAAAGGCAGGUCAACCACAUGAGCCUCGAGCCAGCAGAGCCUGUAAACCGAUCCUCGUAGUCUAAGCACAUCCUCUGUGUUGGGGUCCCUUUGCUGCCAGGCUCACACACACUGGUGCGUGCACACAUACUUGCAUUCCUCUGCAGGCUCUGCGAGGGGCAGGCGCAGAGUGUGCUGUAUGUUUGGCGCUGUUCUUCAGAGUGAGCGUCUCUCUCACUCUCCCCAGUCGUUAAGUCAGACAGCAGAGGAGGAAGGGAAGGCAGAGAGUCCAGGGGAGGUCUGACGACACCAUCUCAGCUCGCUCGGCACCUUAUUUUAAAUGCACAGAUGGAUCAAUGCAAGCACACAGUCUGGCUUUGAUUUCCUCGAGAAACAUCAAGAUUUAUAACAGAGCUGUCACACUGCAAGACAUGCGUGCAACUUUCCCGGCCAGGAUGAAAACUUAAUGUACGUUUCCAAGGUGAGAGAAGCAGAAGCUUUCAAUGCUGGAGGUCCAAUGUAAGGAUGGAUGACACAGGCUAACAAUGUUCCUCACCACCUUCUGAUCCAGCUUUAAAGGAACAUCCAGCUAAACAAAGAAGAUAAAGUAACUGAAUUCACCUGCAACCUUUACUCGAGGCUGAUAUGAUGCUGUGGUACAACUUUGGCCGGCACUUAAUCUCGCUGGGAGCAUUUCUGGUGAUCGUGAGCUGCGGAGGAGGGGAGCAGCGGAGAGGGACAGAAAGCAGCAGCACAGGUGGCAGCAGCAGUAGCAGUAGCAGCAGUAAUGGAGGAAGUAGUAACAGUAAUUACAGCAACAGGAAAUUUCACAAGAUCCAGCAUGGCCAGUGCACCUAUACAUUCAUCUUACCUGAGGGAGACGGAGCCAGAGGAGGUGCCUGCAGGGAGGCGAAAGCCGGUAGCCCAGAGCACAACUCUCUCCAAAGAGACGCUCCGCCAACUGAGCCGGAGUUCCCCAGCCAGAAGAUCGAGCAGCUCGAGCACAUUAUGGCGAAUUACACCCAGUGGCUACAGAAGAUUGAGAACUACAUCAAAGAGAGCAUGAAGGUGGAGAUGGCUCAAUUGCAGCAGAGCGCCGUCCACAAUCACACUGCAGCCAUGUUGGAAAUGGGAACCAACCUUCUUUCUCAGACGGCUGAACAGACGCGCAAGCUGACUGACGUUGAGACGCAGGUUCUGAAUCAGACAUCGAGGCUCGAGAUCCAGCUGCUGGAAAAUUCUCUUUCCACUAACAAGUUGGAGAAAGAGUUAAUGCUCCAGACCAAUGAGAUCAGCAAGCUGCAUGACAAGAACAGCCUCUUGGAGCAGAAGAUGUUCGAGAUGGAGAUGCGACACAGGGAAGAGCUGGAUACCCUGAAGCAGGAGAAGGGGAGUCUCCAGGUCCUGGUGGGGAGGCAGAGCGGGGUUAUCGGGGAACUAGAAGCCCAACUAAACCGGGCCUCAGGAAAUGGCACGGCCCUGCAGAGACAGCAGCAGGAGAUGAUGGAUACCGUCCAUAACCUGCUCAACCUCUGCAACAAAGAUGGAGUCGUGCCUAAUAGCACAAAGGUUGUUGACGAGGAGAAGAAGUUUCGAGACUGUGCCGACCUCCACAAGGCUGGCUUCCAUAAGAAUGGAGUCUACACCAUCCAGAUCAACCCUCAGGAGACCAAAAAGGUGUAUUGCAACAUGGAGACAGCUGGUGGUGGAUGGACGGUCAUCCAGCGCAGAGAAGACGGCAGUGUGGACUUUCAGAGAACGUGGAAGGAGUACAAGAUGGGCUUUGGGAGCUUGUCUGCAGAGCACUGGUUGGGGAACGAGUAUGUUUACCAGUUGACUCGCCAGAGGCAGUAUGCCCUCCGCGUCGAACUGACGGAUUGGGAGACGGACGGAAACCAGGCCUUCUCACUAUACGACCGUUUCCAAAUCGGCAGUGAGAAACAAAACUACAGGCUGUUCCUGAAAAGCCACAGUGGGACGGCAGGCAGACAGAGCAGCCUCGUGAUCCACGGAGCAGACUUCAGCACCAAGGACAUGGACAAUGACAACUGCAUGUGCAAGUGUGCUCUCAUGCUCACUGGUGGUUGGUGGUUUGAUGCCUGCGGCCCGUCCAACCUUAACGGCAUGUACUUCACCCAAGGGCAACACAUAGGGAAGUUGAACGGUAUCAAGUGGCACUACUUCAAGGGCCCCAGCUACUCGCUACGAGCCACGGCCAUGAUGAUCCGCCCCCUGGACUUCUCCUAGUCUUUUGAACUUUGACCUUCCAAACGGCUAUGUAGAACAUUACAGGGACGCUUCCUAUUUUAUCCUCUAGUCUCAUCUCAUUUCGCUGGCUGAAUAAAUCUUUUUUUAUUCUACCUGGUCCAUCCCCAGAGCAGUGGCGAUGGCUGUGCUGCUGUUGCUUGCUCACCUUUCCCCUCAAUGAACUGGAAGUCAGCCACAAGGAGAAAGUCAUGCAUGGUUCACCUGAACUGAUCUCUGUUCCACACAGAUUCACAAACUUGACAAAAAUAGGUGGGUUAUCUCACGUGAAAUGUGUGCACAUUUUGAGCACAAUGCAUGGUGUCAAACUAAAUAUUUUUGCAUUUUUCGUUUUGGACCUGCGGCUGUAAUAAUAAUGAGGACUGGAACUCUUCUGAAUGGAAAGCAGCGCUGACUCUUAAACUGCAGGGCAGAACUUGUCUGGACGAGAGAUAUUGCUUUUUUUUAAAUGUUGCUCACAGAGCCCAUAAAUGUUACCCUUGUAUUAUAUAUUGUGUUUUUUAGUAUAUUUGUUAUCCCAACUUUAGACGGCUUAUAAAGGGAGAUGAAAUUGUAUAUGGUACUGUACAGUGUAUUCUGAAUUUCUAUCUUUAUUGUGGAUAAAACACUUAGUGUUUAAGGUGACAUUGAACUUCAAGUAAUGACUUUCUAAUAGUUACCAAUGUCACAGUAUUUGCUGGCAAUUACACACGAGCUGUCUCGACACAGUGUGAUAAUUUGUAGAGUUUAAUAUGCUGGGGUUGUUAUUGGACUGCGAUCUAUUUGCCUUUUUUAUUGGCCGAGAAACUAUGAAUACCUGCCAACAUUCAGAUUAUGAGCGAUCACCUUACUUCUGCUGAAUAUGAAAAACAAGGUCAUUAAUACAGAUGCACAUUAUUAGUGAUGUAUAACAAUUAUAGCUGUGUGCAGAUGGAGAGGGGAAAGAAUGCAUGAACAACAUUUAAUACACAGAUAUACAGAAUACUCCUGAGUGUAAUGAUGAAGUAUUGCGUCAUUAUUCCUCUAUAUUUACAACGAUGUAAGUGCUUAUAUUAAGCUGGUGUCCCACAUGUACAGAGUGCUAAAGAUAGAGGUAGAAGUUCAUAUUAAUCAAUCUUAUUUCUAACGUCAUGAAACAUUAACAUUAUAAAGACUGCUCCUAACCUCUCAGCUUAAGACAAAGAGCAGAUCUUUAACACAAGUCGCAUCCAAGAAGUUUCUCACAGACAUCCACAUGACACAGCCAGUUUCUGUUUCUCAUCAAAGCAGCUUUGGAGAAAAAUAAAAGCAGCUGUUAUAGGAUGUGAAGCAUGAAAUUAAUGAUUCCAACAAAUAGUUUGAACAUAUAUUUCAUAACUUCAGCUUCAGAAUCUACAGUGGAAUAUUUACUAAAGGUACAUGUGGCGAGGACAGAGUGUAUCUGGAACUUGUAAAGCCACAAUUGACAUGUUUAUUAGCACAACAAUUGCAUAAUUUAAUGUGUGUGUACGCAAAGCAGCUUUCCUGAGGAAGGCUAUUCUUUUUUUCUGUUUAUCUGCCAGUAGUACAAUGGUGUUUUGAAGUUGAGCAUAAAACAUAGACACUAGGAUACCCUGGAGAAAUGUGCCUUUGAUAACUCUGCUUUACCUCAUCGAAUUCCAGAUUUGCAGAUUUAUUUAAACAUAUUUUGUAACAUGUGGAAAGUUUUGUGUUGCUAGAUUAAAUAAAAGAGAAAAUCUUUUCAUAA